GUAGAGGAGGAGGAGGAGCAGGAGGAGGAGCAGGAGGAGGUUUUUAUGUUUCUGUUUGAAUUUUCCGUCUUGAGUUGAUGUGACGUCACGCGGCGCGUUCAGUUGCGGCUGAUUGAUCGAUGUGAUUAUUGAUUAUUAUUAUUGAUUAUUGAUCUUUUAGUUUUUGUGUUUUGGUGAAUCAUGUUUCAUAUUUGAUCAGGGGGCGGAUCAAUAAUUGAUGAUGCAGUAAUGAAUAAAUGACGCGGUCACGUGACCUCUCGUAGCUGCGAUCAGAGUCAGAGAGCACGAGGAGGCAGACGGACGGUACUCGAGGCUCGAGACACACUGAGGUUGGCUCUGAUUGGUCGUCUCCCUGCUGACACACUGAGGUUGGCUCUGAUUGGUCGUCUCCCUGCUGACACACUGAGGUUGGCUCUGAUUUGUUGCCUCCCUCCUGAUGCACUUAGGUUAGCUCUGAUUGGUCAUCUCCCUGCUGACGCACUGAGGUUGCUGACAUCAUGCACGCAGUGACAGAGACGGUUGCUCCGAGCACUAACGGGAGCAAUAACGGGACUCAAAUGGGGUGCGAGCUGCCGUACGAUGACGGCCGCCUGCCGUUGGUGCUGCUGUACAGUGUGGUGCUGGUCGUUGGUCUGCCCGCCAACCUGCUGACCGUCUACCUCACCUGGCUGCAGGUGCGCAGGAAGAACGUGCUGGGCGUGUACCUAUGGAGCUUGUCGCUGUGUGAUCUCACCUACCUGGGCACGCUGCCGCUGUGGGCAUAUUACGUCAGCAAUGAUCACCGAUGGCCGUGGAGCUCGGCCGCCUGCAAACUGACGGGCUACAUCUUCUUCAACAACAUGUACAUCAGCAUCUUCCUGUUGUGCUGUGUUUCUUGCGACCGCUAUAUGGCUGUUGUAUACAGCGUGGAGUCCCGCGGGCUGCGCAGGCAGCGGUUGGCCGCCGGCAUCGCCAUCAGCAUUGUGCUGGUGGUCGCCAUCGGUCACGUCCCCGUCUUCACCAUGCGGGAGGGUGACGCUGCCGGGCACGGCCAUCACCGCUGCUUUGAGCCGAGCCAGAGCAGCGCCACGGUGACGGGCUUCUACUACGCCCGCUUUGUGGUGGGCUUCCUGAUCCCGCUGCUUCUGUUGGUGGCGACCAACCGCGGCAUCCUGGCUGGCGUGCAGCGCAGCACGGGGUUGCGGCAAGAGCAGAAGGAGCGUGUGCGCUGGCUGGCGGUGGCGGUGGUGCUGCUGUUCCUAGUCUGCUUCGCCCCGUAUCACCUGAUCCUGCUGGUCCGUGCUUUCAACUUCCACUUCCCCCAGCUGGAGGACAGCUGUCAGGGGGAGACCAGCAUGUACACGCCCUACACCAUCUCGCUCGGACUGUCCACCGUCAACAGCGCCGUCAACCCCGUCCUCUACGUGCUGUCCAGCGACAACAUCCGCAAAGAGCUGCGGCGAGGCCUUGCACGCCUCUGUGACCGGGCUCACCUGAGACCGCCGUCCAACAGCAGCCAGAACAAGAUCCAGCCCACCAGGAACUCCUCCGAGCUGCCCGCCGACAGCCAGAGACACCCAGCGGGCGAGGACGGACGUUCAGGGAAACCGCCGGGGACCUGACAGACUGGUCCCUGCUGAAGGGUCACGACAUUGGAGAUCGAGAACUCUGUGGUCUGUGACACCUUCAGGCUCAAAAAAACAAACAACAAACAAACUGCAAAUGUUUAAACUGUUUCGAGCUUCUUGUUUUUAAACACUGUGAUGUAAAAACAUGCUGUUGAUUGUUCCUGACAAUAGUCUGGAGGACUUAUAUAAAUAAACAUACGGUGUGACUUCCUGUUGAUUGAG